AUGUCUCUUCGUAGCUUCACCGUUUUCCAAGACGAUGCCCCAAGCAAAGAUACCCAGCCCAAAGUAUCUCGUCCGACGGCGAUGACCACGCGCUCUGCAACGCGCAACAUUUUGUCGGCCAAGAGUGCCACAGCUGCGGGCGAGUCGGCUCCUCUGGAUAAGGAAAACUAUAAUCCGCUCACCGGCGAAAGGGCGGGUCCCUCUACCGCUGCGAAGAAACGUAAGACAGCAGUCCUCUCUGCAAAGCCUUUGCCCCCCGUAAAAUCGAAGAAAGAGCAAGAGGGCCACUCGGAGCCGGAAAAGAAGAAGCGGAAACCCUCGGCCUCGGGUGUCACCAAACCUACCGUUUCAUCUGCAUCCAAAACUAAAGUCAAGAAGGAUGUUAAGGGAUCUGGGUCAUUGAAGAAGAGUUCCAACAACCGUACUGGUUCGAGCAAGGUUUCUCCGUUGCCCAAGUUGGCGGAGGUAGAAGAAGCUGAAAAGGAGCAGUCCACGCAGGCAGAUAUCGAUUCUCGCUGCUACGAUUUGACUGUCAAGCCCCUGGCUGAUGUCUCUCAGGCAUACGAAGAGUCAUCUAUUUUUGAUGGUUUUGCUAACGCCGUGGCUGGUGGCUCUGAGGAGAAAGUUAAAUUUGACAAGGUCAAAUUUGGCACAGCAAAGGCAUCUUCCGUUGAACCUGAGAUUCGUGACUACUUCCAGCCGUCUCAGGCGCUGUUCUGCCCUCCUGCCGCAUCUCGUCUUCGAGCCUUUUCCGAACAGCCAUCAGCGCCACGCACAUUCUCUACUCCUGAACGGAAACAAAUCUAUGCGGCGUUCACCUUCUGCUCCCCUACAUCCCUUACGUCCAAGGCCUCGCGUUCUGGGACUAUCUCCCCUUCUGAAGGAUUGUAA